UUCGCCAUUUGUAAGUAAAAAAAAAUAAUGUGGAAAAUGAAAGUAAAGAAAGCAGUAAUUUGGCUAGAUUUACUAUUUAGAUAUCGUUAAAGCAGGUCACAUAUCAACAGGUAUCCAGUGUUAUUCACCCAUCACUUAGUAGAACAAUUUCCAGAAUUGUGUAUACACCUCGUCUGUAUUGAUUGACUUUUGUGAUGGCUGCAUUAGUUCCAACAAUUAAGGACAAGAAGUUUGUAAACUGGCUAAAAAGCGCCCUUGCUUUAUUUUUCGCAAAACAAGGAUUGGACGACUUUGUCAGGGAUGAAAUAACACAGUUUCAAAAGGACCUUUUAGCGUCGGUAUUCCAGAAAAGAGCUUUACCUGUUGGAACUGUCUGUACGUCCUGCACCACAGAAAAUGUUCUACACUGUCCAACGUUUAAUUUCUGCUCAAAGGGACGAAUAUGUCACAUUCACGAUCCCACAACUCCUAGCAAAAGACCUAAACAGCCCUGUCCAAAUUCAUUGUGCCAAGACAUCCAGGUUGGUAUUCUUCACGAGCACCGGUACAAUGGACCAUCUUGGAAGAACACCGAUGCGAGGAGGUGGAGUAAUGACGCAUUUGAAAUCGCCAAAUGUUACAUGCCUCCAGAUGGCUACGCAGGGGUAACGAGACUUGCAGAUAUUGAUUUGAAUGGUUCGUUGGCAGUAAUCAUCAACAAUAAACGUUUUCAAAACAAAAUGGUAGCCCACUUCAAGCAACCGAACAGUGUUUGUAUUCAGGCACGUGAAGUUGGUCGUGAGGUACGUCAUUCAGCAGAUUUGGCUGUAUCAGACAGUGACCUAGUGGAGUACAUCGACACAUUAAUUGACCUUUUGUCAGAUCCGAAAUUCCUGAUUCAUGAUCAAGGGGCACAGGUGGCAGUGGAUAAACUAAUGCAGCUAAAAGCAAACACUCUUACUAUAACUACAACCGAUGUUACGGCAGUGUUAGACAAAGCCAUAAAAGAUAGACAACUUGAUGCGUUACAAGCCAUCAAAAUGGAGACGGAAGAAGCUCAGAAAGAAAUUGAAGAGAAAACAGAGGCUUCGAUUCAAGUCUUAAAAGAUGUUAAAGAUUCAAUUGCCAACUUACAAACAGUAACCACUUCAUGUUUAGAUCAGAUCGUUGCAGAAAAACAAACUUCACUUGAUGAAGUGAAAAGGGAAGCAGAAAUACAGAAACAAGAAAUAACAAAAGCAGGUGAAAAAGAAAGAGAGAAAUUAGAAAAAGACAUAUGUCGUCAACAGUCACAGACGAAGGUAAUGGAAAGAGAUGAAUUGGAGACGUAUUUGAAAGAGGACCUCAUCACUGUCUACCGAAAAUAUCACAGUAAAAUACCAGUGUCCCCUCUCGUAGAAGAAUAUGAUGUACCAAUGACUGACUUUUAUGUGCAACCGCCACUAACUUCCAUUGACGUUGACCGACGGUUCGGACAGAAGAGAACGGAACUUUCCAGAAGGGCACCAAUACUUUCGUACCGUGACCUGUUUGUCCGUAGUGAUAGCGAAAUGUACAAAGACAUAUACGUUACAGCGAAAGCCGGAGUUGGAAAAACGUCUUUCGCAAAGAGCGUUUGUAUGACUUGGUGCCAGGCUCAUAGACCCAAUAAAGCAUUUGAGAAGAGAUUCAGAGCAGAUGAUGUAGUUAUAAUGAAACAGUUUUCAUUUUUGUUCUUUGUCUCUUUACGGGAUAUUGAUACAACUAUUUGUGAUCUAGAUAGUAUGAUUGAAAGAAGUCUCCUUAGUAGUCUAGCUAGAUGUUCACGAUAUACACGAGAUCUGUUAGAAGACAUUCUGAAUGACAGGACCAGUUUAGUAAUCCUGGAUGGUCUUGACGAGUGGUCUCAUCCGACAAGCUGUGCUAGAGGUUUUGGUGUACAGGAAAUGCUACACAUACCAGCUCGAGAUCGAUGCACAGUCCUGACGACUACACGGCCUUGGAAACUGGCUGUUGUUAAAUUGCAUUCGAGUCAAAUUGACAGACAUAUAGAAAUCAAUGAACUUGACGAAUCUUCAUCACAAGAGCUAACAAAUAAUGCUGUCACAGUAUUAAACAGGCAAAGCGUACCUGACGAAUCAAAGACAGUUGAAGAUUUUGAAAAAGAAACGUCGACUCUGAAGCUCGAUUACGUGCGAUAUAUCCCCUACAUCCUGUUGCAAAUGAUCUGCCUGUGGUUUGACGGAAAGUCAAUAGGAAGGUCCAGGCGCGAAAUAUAUACUAACAUAAUGGCACUCACACUUUCGCGAGGUCUACUAAAGUUAGAAAAGAAAGGUUUGGCGCCAAGAAGUAGACAGCAGAAUUCUGCAAGCACACUUGAGCUUCCGACUUGGUUACAAUCGAAUGACAUUUUCAGGUCACAUUGGGAUGUAUUGCUCGGUCUUGCUAAAUUGGCAUUUGAAAAGCUCUUCAGUUUGAAAAAAGAAACUGCUCUUGUUUUUGAUGAGUCAGAUGUACUUAGUAGUAUUUCGGAGGAAAUUCUCAGAUUUUGUUUGGAAAUUGGACUUUUAUCACAGAAUAAAUACUAUGGCUCAGUGUCCGAGAGACGAAGCACCCUUUCAUUUCAACAUAAAUCAAUACAGGAAUAUUUUGCUGCCCUUCAUAUACAGUUUUUCUCCGAUGAUCCAGAAACACGAGAUCGUAUUCGAAAAGUGUGUAACACAGUGCCAGAUAUUUUGGACAUGUCAAAUAUUUUUAUAUUUCUUGCUGGGCUAUGUUCUGUUGCGUAUAGGAAGAUUUUCCAGGAAUUCACGAACAUCUUUUCCACUGACAAGAACGUACAGUUUUACAGAAAUAGCGAUAUUACGGGCCGAUAUUAUGCACCAAGAUUACGUGAAUGUUGGAAUACAAUGAAAUCGCUGCAGUGCAUGUUAACAGAUUCUAUGCAAGAAAUCAUUAACAGUGGACAAGGUCAUGCUGAUAUAUAUAUCGAAGAUAUUAUCAUAGAUAACACAGUAACGCUAGAAACGUGUGGCAUACUAAAACAUCUAACAAAAAACAAAGAAAACAUUAAAUCAUUGAGUAUGGUAGGAUUUACGUCUACACAGGAGUUUGCGGAAAAACUUGAAACACUUGAUCUGCAAGACACGUGUUCUUUACACAAAAUGAUUAUUGAUGCUGUUCCUAAAGAAGAAUAUCUCAAUCGCUUACUUUCCAUGUCAGUUGGAAAAUUGACGUGUUUGAUUCUAAGUUUCUCAGAGUUCAAGGACAACUUGGUACAUCCUGCCAUCACAGAGGUUUCUUCUGAAACAAUGAGCAUAUUGUCGAGCAUGAAUAAUUUACAGAUAAUUACUCUGGAGAGUAUCCGAAUGAAACAUGAUGAUGUCAAACGUUUAUUUCAGUAUCUAAUGACAAGACAAACACUUACAUUCAUUAGACUCUGGAACAUAUUUUGUGUAGAUCAUGGUGAUCAGUGUAGUGGUUACUGUCUUGACCUAUCUCAGCGUAAGACAAUAACUGUUCUUCAGUUAAAUGACAUACCCGUGUCAAUGCUGAAUGUUGAUUUAUCCUCGCUGGAGCGUUGUGGUAUUGGACAACUACAAACAGUUGUACAAGCAUCGUUCAUACAAUGCCUACCAAUGGCAACAAAUCUUUGUUUAUUGGACUUCUGUAAGUUUAAGUCUGAACAGAUGGAGGUAAUUAUAGAUACACUGUCAAAAUUGCCAAAACUUGAAACUAUUUCUAUUCAGUCUACGAAUCUCGGCGAGACAGCACUCACACUGCCGCCACAGAUGAUACGUAUGGAGCUCGUUCAUCUCACUAGGGUGACAUUAACAUGUAUGUCACUAAGAAGACUCCUUGACAGUGUUGACGUUCUGCCACAACAAGUCACAAUUAACCUGAAGGGGUGCACUGUUAUACCUGAAGAAGACUGGAGACAAGUGAAGGAGGAGAUAAAAUCGUCUCCAAAAUAUCAAGUCUUGUUUGAUGGGUUGAUGGGAGGCGGAUUGUACCUGUUUUCGUUUCAAACGUGUUUUUCAGCAUGAAGUAAAUGAAAUUGUAAUUAUAGCUUUAUUAAACCGAGAUAAUAGUUUUCAAAUUUCAAAAUUUUAAGAAAACGAAUGUGCUUUCUUUUCUUGCUAAAACUAUCAUUCCUGAACUGUUUAACUUGACGCUGACUGAAUUUGAGUAAAUGCGCUCUUAUAUCUUGAAAACCCACCACAUUAUUAUGUCGAUUUUUAAGUUUUGAAUUUUAAUGAACCUAAAUACAAGUAUGUGGCUAUAGUGUUCUUUAACAUACACUUAUUUACAAGUGAGUUUAUAGAGGAACAAGCACCUUUGAUAUAAGCUCAUUUACUGUACGUUUAUUACAUCAUAGGCUAUAUAUUUACAGUUAACGACAAUAAAACUAAAAGAUCCUAGAAAAUUUUUGAUCGGAACUUAGUUUUUGUAUAAAUAUUACAUGAAUGUAGUAGCAACCAUGGUAAAGACAAAUCAGUUCUGACUUAUGAUGACAUGUUCUGUACUGGUUACAGUAUAAUAUACAAAUGGCAGUUAUA